AUGGCUGACGCAGGUCUCGUGCAAGCCAGCUUGAUCUGGACCACAUACGCCAUAGCCGUCGUCCUCUGCUUCCUUGCAGCCAUCAUCACAACCUUUACCUGGCAGACCCCGCGCGACCGUUCCGCCGUGGUAAGCAUCGUCGCCAUCAUCACUCUCACCUCCUUGCUCGCCACCGUCCUGCUGCUGCCCGUCGACAUCGCCCUCGUCUCCGCCACCAACUCCGUCUCGCAAGGCGCCAAGAAGGAUUGGGCCACUCCCGAGAGAGUGAACAGCAUCCUACUUACCCUCAAGAUCGUCUACUACUGCUUGUAUAGCGCCGACGCCUUGCUAUGUCUGGUCGUCAUUCCCUUCGCCUACUUUUGGUACGAGGAGUAUGACGAGAUCGAGUUUGAGGAGCAAGGAAGGACAUGGCACAGCCGAUUCUGGGCUGCGUGCAAGUACACAUUGUUCUUUGUUGCCUUGGUCGUCGUACUGUUCCUGCUGGGCUUCUUCAUGCCGUCUCCAGGGGACUCGUCCAAGGCACACUGGGACUUGGACUACUUCAAGGAUCUAAUUGCGCGGAAUCAUGCAGAAAAGGCCCUUACCUUUGCCCUGGGCCUGCUGAUCACAUUGGGAACUCUCCUGUACGUCGUCUACACGGGUUCGGGCCUGGCCAUGAUGCCCAUUGCCUUUAUCAAAUCCGCGCCCUCCAUGUCGGCGCCUCAGCUCUCCGCGACCACAGCUUCUCAGCUGGAGCAAAACCGCGAAAGGCAGCGCCAGCUUGAGAUGCGCAAUUCCGGCCGCCAAGACGGAAUGUCCCGCAAGGACCGUCGUGAGCUUGAUGCGCUCAUUAGAGAAGAGCAGACGCUGGUGCGUCGCGAACGCCUUGCUGCCGAAGCACAGGGCGAAGGCAAGAGCAGAGUAUAUCAAGCUUGGCUCAGGCUCUGUGCUCUAUUGCGGCCACUCAAGAUGCUCUGCGGCAUCCUUCUCCUGGCCACCUCGCUGCUUAUAUGGGUAUCCAUGCUCAUCACGGGCAUCGACAAGGCCAAAAACUCGGUAUGCAAGCAACGCUGCGGCUACAUCCUCGGUAACAUUCACAUCUUCCAGCCCCUCAACUGGGUCUUUGUCAAGCUCGCCCGCGUCUUUCCUAUCGACUAUGUCCUCAUGGCGCUGUUGAUCCUCUUUCUCUUUAGCAGCACCAUCUCGGGCAUCGCCACCGUCGGCAUCCGCUUCCUCUGGAUCCGCAUCUUCCAAAUCCGCCGCGGCAGAACUGCCCCCCAGGCACUGCUCAUCGCCACCGUCAUGCUCACGCUCGCCGUCCUCGCCAUCAACUAUGCCGUCGGCAUGUUCAUGGCGCCACAGUACUCCAUAUAUGGCACGCAGACAUUCUGCUCCAACAAGCCCGAGUACCCCGGCGCACAGCCCUCUUGCAAAGGCCAGCCAGAUCUUGUGCGUCCUUGCUCGGAGCAGCUCGACUUCAAGCACGCCAAGGACAUUUGCACGCCAUCCGUCAUGUCUACAUUCCUGAACCGCAUUACCAUGACGUGGCCAUUCUUUGGCAUCGUCGAUUUCUGGGCCCAGUUUGCCUUUUUGGCCGUAUUUUUGAUCGUGUUCGCAACAGCCAUUGUGCGCAGCCCAAGAGUAAAUAUCGCCGAGCUGGAUGAGGAUGCCGAGGAUGCCGAGGAGGAAGGCCUGUUGGCUGCUACGGGGAGACGCCUCAACGCCACGUGGGAGGAUGUGCGUAGGAGUCCAGCAUAUGGAUCGACUCGGAAUGGGAGGAGUGACAACUCGAGAGCGUAA